UGGGUAUUGAAAGUAACCUUUGACAAGGCCUAUGUGGUAAUUAGUGUCUCCAGCAGCAGGGUCAUAAUUGUUGAUAGGCCACAGUAGCAAGAUUUGUGUUCUCUUUAUAUUAUUGAUUAAUACUAGAGUCUACUAGCAGAUAUGACAGACCUAUAUGAAUGGGAAGUGAAUUAGCACAGAACUUGAUUGAUAAAGAUCGUCGCAUUUAUAGUUUACAUUUGCGUCGCCACACAGAAGAAAAUACACCAUCUAUUGUGGUCAACUGCAAUUGUACAGCUGCAGUUAUGCCAUCUAAUGCGAAAGUGUUGAUUCAUUAUGGACCUUAUGAAGCUUGUGGAAUCGUGAUACACAGAGAAGCCAGAUUAGAAGGACUUAAAUAUGUAAUGACUCAAGAUGGUCAUACUGUUGAGCUAGUUUCUAUGGAUGAUUGGAAUAGGAUUGAAAUUUGGGUAAAUGGAGAACUUAUAUUUCAAUGUGAUAUCAGAGACUUAGAUUAUGGAGGUGAUGGAGAUUUAGAUGAAAAAUGUCAUGAGGCACUAGCAGCUGUCAGGAAAGCUUAUUGAAUCUGCCUUAAUUUGCCUUAAUUACUACAAGCUAGUCUUAGUGAUCUAAACAUGUGCAAAAUUGUUUAAUACAACUUCUUAUGCAGAAAUUUCAAGAAAUGAGACGAGAAACCUGAAUGCCAGCUUUAAUUAAAAUAAAGCAUCAUACAUUUCAUGUUAAAAAAAAAUCCAAGAUAUAGUAAUGUAUUGUACAUUUAAGAAUUUUAUACCUUAAUUGUUUAAUUUCAUCAAUAUUAAGGCAUAAUUUCACUUACAUUGAUCUUAGUCAGUUUUUUUUAAUGCAUAUAUUUUAUAAAAUAUUUUUUGUACAUAAAAUGUAAUGUGGUCAUUUUACUUUUUUCUUUAAAGGGCCAAUCCCGAUAAUUUUAUGGAGAAUAAAACUGCUUAAUUUUGUUUCAAAAUCCCUUAAAAUCGUCUAACUAAGGUCCAAGCAACUAACUCAAUAUUUGUGAUACGUUUUCAAACAACUUAAACCUGUCAGUCUUCAUCUGGAAAUGCAGACCGAUGUCUCAAAAUGAAUUAUAGGGCAUCUGGAUAAAAUAAGAUUUUUUUUUUAUAAAAAUAAUGUGUUGGUGAAAUUUACUUUCGUUAUCAAGUACAGCACGUGGGUUGUGCACUGUUUAGACCUCUCAAGGAACGGGAAUCGAUCAUCAAGUCACCCAACGAAAAAAUUGACCCGAAAUUUUAAAAAGGUUACAUGCUCGGAUAAGCAGUUUUGAUGUUCACGUCCAAACGACUCAAUAUUUUGAGCUGAAAUUUUGAGACAAGGUAAAUACACCACUCCUCUAUAUUUUGGCGCUUAAAUUUCAUACAUACUCGGACAUUUAUUUUUGAGUCUCUGUUCAAAUCGGGGUAGUCCCUUUAAUAUAGAUUUUAUGUUUCAAAUGAUAAGUUAUUUAGUUAUUGUAAAAGUUUGUUUUUUUAUAUAUUAUUUUUAUUGUUUCUUAAAUAGUGUAAUGCAUUUGUUAAGUGUCAACUAAUGAACCAUAAUGUCAGUUUAAAUUACUUGACUGUUUUUUUAUAUAUAAUAUUUUCUUUCUUAUAACUUUUUUUAUUUAGAUGAACUUCCAUAUUUUUCAUCUUCUUGUCUUUCAUUGCACCUGUGAUUUUUGUUAAAACAAUUGUUUUAAUUACUGCUUCCUAGCCUUGAAUCAAAAUAUAAAUAUGAAUGCAUAUUAUAUUAUUAAUUGACUUUUUUUAUUUAUCACGACUGGUUUUAACUAUUUAUACAUGUGCUAAGUUACUGUUUGAUAAUAAAAUAUUUCAAUUUUUGUAAAA